GUGUCUAUGAGAACUUGCUGGUGAAUGUUUACAAAUUGAGGGAAAGACGAUUGUAUGAUGGCGCUAGCCGACUGGAGGAGCUCGUUGAAAAGCUUGCUGCAAAAGAUGAAGAUCUUAGUACAGAAACAAAAGCUGUUUUACAAUUACUCUUGUUGUUGGCUGGUAGUGAAGAAACAGUGGCAGAAGUACCUAUUGGCCACAAACCUCUUAGGUUACCAAUUUCUACUCAUGUAAACAAGAACAAGGUGAGGUUGCCAGUUGGACCAGUCUUUCAUGGAGAUUCUUGUCAGGUGCAUGAUAUUCAGCUUAAUGGCUAUGCACACUAUUCUAGGGAACUUUUUGAAUGCGCAGGGAACAGAGCCGAUAGAAUGGGCCAACAACAUAAUCUGGAUACAUCGGUUUUUCAAAUGGAACCCGGAAGAAAUCUACACGGCCAUGACCUCUUCGUUGUCAAGGUGUCUGAUGGGUCUGCUGAAGAAGUGGAGAGGAGCAGUACUUUAUACCAUGGACUGGUUCACAGCAGAACAAGUGACUUGAAUGUUAAACUCAGCUUACCUAGGCUACCAGAUCCCUCUCACACUAGCCUGCUCGGCCUUAAAGUACCAGUUUAUAAUGAGGUUGCUGAUGAUGAAGGCUUCAACGAGUCCAUGAGUAGUGACAUGGCAUCCUUUACACCAGAAGAUGUGGAUAAGAAGAUCAACCUAUGGGAAGCUGCAAUUACACAUAAACUACAUACAAAAUACACAUGGGAAACAAUUGGAAGUUGGAGCGUCAAACAUCUUAUGAGUCAGAUUAUCCCACCAGAAUUGCAGGCAUAUCAAACAAUGGCAGCAGAGUCCAUGCAUUGCAGGGGUAGAAUAUGAAAAAGUUUGAAGCAAGUAGUAUGAACAAACAUGGAGAAUUCUAGGAAGAAUAUUGCAAACCUUGAUAGUCUUUAAGAGGAUCAUACAACAAGCAGAGAACUGCAGAGUAGAACAGAACAAGAGAACACAGAUGAGGAGGAGGCGGAGCUAAGUAUUUACUUUGUCAUCUGGUUUGCCGAGAACCAUCAGACAUUUUCAAAUAUGUUUAAGAAAGCAAAUCAAACAACGGCAGCAGAGUCCAUGCAAGAAGAAGAAUAAGGAAGAGCUGGAAGCAAGAGAACACAGAUGAGGAGGAGGCGGAGCAAAGUAAAUACUGUGUCAUCUGGUCUGCCAAGAGCCAUCAGACAUUUUCAAAGAUUUUCAUUUAAGGUUUGACCAAUUGUUUGAUUUGUGUGUUAAGAACUAU